AUAAAAUUAUAAUACCAGGUAAGAUGAAAGAUUGAGAAGACGAGCCUCAGAGCCAAAAUAUUGAUAAAGGCAUGAGCAAGUCUCAAACACCAGUGAAAGAGAAGAGUCUAAACCAGUCAGGAAUUCUCACCCAGGAAAAGUCAGCAAAGAUCAAAUCUCCAAGCAAAAAGAUAACCUUGGAAACAACCGGAAAUCCAAAUGGCACCUCAGAUCUCGAAGAUAGUAAAGCUUCAGAUGCUUUUUGGAAAUAAAAGAGAUGACAAAAGGCUUAAGAAGGCUGUCAGCAAGUACCACAAGCAAGGGUUCUCCCGGAUCGCUCAAGAAGUUGGUCGUACGAAUAGCGAGUGUCGGGCUCGCUAUCACAUUCUCCAGAAGCGCAUCCAGGAUAAGAAAAUUAAGAAAUCCAAAAAUCUAAGCCUUAAAAUCAAUCGUAUCAACAAAGCUCCCUUAAAAGACUCUGAUCUGGAAAAUUACCUGAAGGAUCAAAAUAAGGUUUCAAUUGAUAAGUCAACAAAUGACAAACUACUCCAAAAAUCAAAGGGCAAAUCUCCAGAAAAAUCUGAAGAGACAAAAGAGGCCGUCCAAAAGAAACCCUCUGGAGAGAAAAUCCCUGCUUCGAUCUCCGGCAUGAAGAAGGUAGUCAUCAGGAACAAAAAGAAGGAGAAACCUCUCAAAGUGAAGAAGCCUCAGCCCAAGAAGAACAAAAGGAAAAAGGUUUCAAAAAGAGUCCAAAGGAACGAAAUGAUUAAGCAAGAAGAACUCAACCCUAUCAUGGAGAUGAUCAAUGGUAAUAAGAAGUCUGAUCAGGAAAAUGAGGAUCAGGAGCCUCAGGAGGUUCAUGAAGAGCAGAAGAAUACUGAAGAGAUUGACCUAAAUGCAUCUCUCAAUAAGAUCCUAACUGAAAACGGCAACACAAGAAUUAAGCAAGAAGUAGACGAUUUUAACCCAGCAGUAAAGCUUUCUUAUAAGUCAAAGCCCGAAGAAGAGAAGAAGUACCCAAGCCUGCAAACCUUAUUCAAUAAGAAUACCUCUGGAGCACCUGUUAUUAAUGAGGAGAAGCAGUCAGAUUCGUCCCUUGUUUCUGGAAAAUUACCAAGUUUGAAUAAUAUUAUCGAUACUUGUAACAAAGAUCAUAUUUCACUCGAUGAGCCCAUGACACCUGUACUUGCUUCACAAGAGCAGACAAUCUCAAAGGAGAUUGUUGACAACAAUAAGGCCCAGGAAUCUCUUGAGCUGCUAAACAGAAGGUUGUCUUCAAACCCUCCUCCAAUUGAUCAAGAAAUGCCACCAAGUACAAAUCUUGAAUCCAGCAACAACCAGAGUAAUGAAAAGAGAAUGUUGUUUGGCUCUCCAAGAGUUGAUAGUGGCAUCGUCUCAGGGUCCUCGCCCAAUGGUCUACAAGGCAACCUCCAAAGUUUUAGAAGUGUUAAGCAAGAAGUGUUGCAGCCAACCAACAGUAUGGCCAACAGCAAUUACUGAAAUCAGCCUGUUAGUAUGCCUGAGCAACAACAAGCAAAUCUUCCUGAGAUGCAUCAGGCUGUUUCAUCUAUCAGCCAAAACAAUAUGAUAAGAAUCCCUAACCUCAAUAAUGGGGAGGAAGACCCAGACUAUGAGCUGUAUGGUUUUGUCUACAAAAUCAAAGUCCAUGAAGUUCCUUCAUCAAGAGGAUGAUCAUUCAAGAGGUUGAAAAGGAUCGAAUUACUAUACAACGACCAGCAAAAUCGUCUUGAAAAUAUUCCUUUCACUCACGAAGUGGGAAGGAAUGGCCACAAUGCCAACCCUCCCAUGGUGACAGUUUAUCCUUUACCGACUCCAAACGAGUCAGAUGAUCAUGAAGAUAGGGAUUUUUACCAGCAUUUCUCCCAGAUCCUCUCCCAUUUAUCCAUGAACUCUUCUAUAUAUGAAAGGGCAAGACUGAUAUUCGACUAGAGAAAUAGCAAGUCUAUCAAUAAACUGCUUUACCUGACUAACUUACAUUUC